UAAACAUUGCAUAAAGACUGCAAAUAUCUAAAUAUAACCAAAUAUACUUCAAAUCUUCAACUCGUUGCGCAUUGUAAUUAAACGCGGUCUAAUGGCGCAAUAUUUGCGAUGUAAAUACGAUAUUCGAUCUUGCGACGAAAUCGACAUUUAAUUCUGUAAUCGCGUGACCUUAGAUAACACUUCCAAGCUUCAAGGAUUCUUGCGAAAAGAAAAACAGCGAACCAACCUCAACACGCUCCGCGGCCCCUCGCAUCAUGGCGACGGCCCUGUGCGCUCACUCUGGCGUGAUUACUUACGCUCUGACAUCCAACAUGGCCACCUGAUAUGUAGCAGACGAUACACACAGGUGUCAUGAAGAGCUGUAAAUAAAAAUCCACCCUUUAGAUUUAAUUAUGAGUGAACGUGUGCAGAAAGAAAGUGCCGAUGAUUCCGAUCGUGUCGACGAUGCAGUGGAUCCAAGGGUGCAGAUUGAACUUGAAAGAUUGAACACAGCAACGGAUGAUAUUAACAAAUUAGAAGUUGACUUAGAUGAAGCAAGAGCUACUUUUAGAGAAUUACUGUGCGAAUCAACAAUCAAGAUUGAUGCUUUGGCUAAAAAACUUGGAACUUGUAUUGAAAAGUCCAGACCAUAUUAUGAUGCUAGAUUUAAAGCUAAAGAGGCGUUACAAGAAACGCAGAAAGCUGCAAUUAGAUUUGAGAGAGCUAAUAGUCAACAUGCAGCAGCUAAAGAAAUGGUCUACUUAGCAGAGGAAGGACUGCGGACCGAAGGCAGAUGCUUUGAUCACGCCUGGCAGGAAAUGUUAAAUCAUGCUACGUCGCGAGUUAACGAAUCGGAGCACGAAAGAGCUCUCUCAGAAGCGGAGCACAGACAUACAACUGCGAUAUAUCACAAAGCGGAACACGAGGUUCAAAGAUUACAGCGUGAAUUGAAGCGUACUAUUGCCAAAUCUAGUAUGGGUGCACGCCGCAGCUUGCUUCUGAUAAACAGUAUCGCCUACAGGCACAACUUGCUCAUGUUGCCUUACUAUGAAAUGAAAGCACACUUUAAUCAAAUGUUAGAAGAACAGAAGAUGAAGGUUAGUACGUUGGAAAGAUCGGUCAGCGAAGCAAAGACUUCGUAUGCGGAAGCGUUACGAAAUCUGGAGAAGAUCAGUGACGAGAUUCACAGGACCAGAAAGUACGAUGGUACGGAUAAUUACGACAAGCGCACGCGAGAUGCGCCCGAUUGCUCCACCGCAGAGACUAACACGGCGACUCCGACGGAUUCAAGCGUGACUGGGUCCCCGGACAGCACGGAUUACACUAGUGACGAAUAUCUACGCCUUCCUGAGAAACUGAGUCCGAGCGUCCCAUGUCCUAUGCCUACAAGAAUUGAUAGAGAUUCAUCGUCGGAAUAUUUGGGCCUAAACAACCUGAACCUAUCCACCGAACCUCGUAAAUACAUAAAACGAGAUCGUCCACGGAGCAUUGCGGCGAUCGACUCGAAACAUAUCGUAUCUCUAAAUCACACGAGCUCCUCUGCGCCGGGUCUAGCGGAUCUGUCAGGGAUCAUCUCUCCGAUCGAGAAGAAGGUGAAAAUUCAGACGCCUGUGAGCGAGAACAAGAAUAACAACGCUACGACGACUCAAAACGGAGAAGAAUGGACAGAAAUUAGUUUGAAUAAUUCGCCAGACGAAAUUUAUUAUAACAAUGACGUGUAUUCUGACGAAGAUGAUCAGAUUCCUUACAAGCCGCUACCGACGGACUUGAGUCCGGAGGCCGCUCAAACGAUCGGCGCGACUAUCGAGCUGUCGCGGAAGAGAUUAGUGGCCCAAAAGUCUUUACCCGCAAUGUCAAAAGUAAACGAAGUUAGUUUAAGUGAGGAGAAGAAGGCUGAGGUUACAAGAAGCCCGUCAGUAAAAAGUAGAGGCAAGCUCGACGGUAGCUUAGCUAACUGGAUAACAAGAAGUUCAGUCGCCGGCGAGACCAGUGUUGGCAGUUCUACGAAUUCAAGCAGAAGACAAUCUCUCGACAUGUUGUGGAGCGGCGGUACGGGAGAACGCGUCAAGGAAUUACUUAAUCACGGUAUGAUGAUGCUAAACAUAUCUAGCCUGACGGAACGACGUUCCAGCGAACCAAAGACAGCGGAGAGAGACAAGGACAAGUCUGAAAAGUCUGAGAAAUUGGAGGUCAAAGGCAAAAAAGUUCCUAGCCCGUUGGAGAAAACAAUGACCUAUCUUAACGCCGACGAGGAGACGUCAGACAGCGAAAGUUUAGCCAGCGUGGAGAUGUUGACGGAAGAUCAGAUUACUUCGCUCAUGAUGGAGCCAGACAUGAACCAAGUAUGCCAAGAGAUUCUGGGAACUCCUUUGGUCGAGGUGUGUCCGCUGCUACAGCAAUUGCAGCAGCAGCAACAAUAGCAGCCUUAUCGCAAAGGAACUUGCGCGACCGUGUGGCGAAGAUUCAACAAUAGAAAGUGUGUUCAAGAUUCUUACAAAAUGGUAAUAUAAUUAAGGCACUUUUAACAUUUCGGUUAGUACAAGGCGCAUUAUACAUUGCGUUUAUAUCUGUGGUUGUAUAAUUUUAUAAAUUUUUUUUAUCAAAUAUGUGAUAUAGGACAAAGCUGCAGAGAGAUAGUAUUUUUUGGGACAAUUGUUAAUAGAUCGGUUUUAAAAAUUGGUUGUACAAGUAUUUAUCAUGGGUUUUUUUUAUAUAUACAUACUUGACAGAUUAAUAUAAUUAAUAUUUAUAUAUUUGGACGAUAGUAAUAUAUUAAUUGGUUGUGUGGCUUUAUAGUCAAUUUCGAACUUACACUAAAAGUGUCUUGUUAGCUCUUUGGAUAUUAAGAAGCCUAACAACGUCUUUUGUGAAUUUACCUACGCUUACCAGGGAUCGUUGCUUGGAGAACAUUUCGAACUUAUUCUAUAACAAUCUUUCUAAUAUUUAGCUCUGUAAAGUUAUCAUUCGGCUGAACAAGCAAUAUGUAGUAUAAUUCUUCUCUUAGAAGAUUUUGUAGGUCAGUCUAGAUGCUCACACAAAUUUAUUCCGAGUCGCAUCAAGUAUUUUUUGCUUGUCUUUACACGUUUAUCACAUUGAAGCUUCUCAGAACGUCUUAACGGAUAAAACUAUCACUUUGUCACACAGAGAAAGAUAUCAAAUUUUUGCUAAAUUAUAUGUGAUAAACCGGCCGAUAUUAAAUUGCGUUCAGCGUGAGAUAUUUGAAUGUAACUGGUUACGAUAAAACACUUCCUCUCUCUCUAUCUCUCUCUCCCCCUCUCUCUCGCGCGCGAGCGCCACAAUUGUGAUUGUUCGGUCUUAAGAUCACGCAAAGCGUGAAGCGUACAACAGAAAAUCCUAUAGAAAGUUACAAGAUGCCAAUUACGACUUCAACAGAGUCGGAUGAUCUAAAACGCGAAUUGUAUGAACUGUACAUAUAAGCGUAGCGUUAUACAAUUCUAAACGUACACAUAAAUCUGUGUGUGCAAAACGUACUGUUAACGACUGAAUGUGACGUUGACGUCAAAACUGCUUUGCAAAUUGUUUUGAAUUUCCUUAUUUUGUCAAACAAAAAAAAAAAAACAAAAAAACAAAAAAAACACGAAGGCAGACUUUACAAACAUACCGAUUGAUGACAGAAUGUUUUGAAUACAGACCGAGAGUUUCGCAUCUUCGAUGGUAAUCAUGUUAUCUCAUUGUACGAAGCUUUACAAUAUUAUAUAGUGAGAAAAUAGUGUUUUACCCGCCAAGUUUAGCAAAAAUAUUUUUCAAUACUUUUUUGCUCCGACGCGGAUUAGAGACGGUGUGUGAUUAACUAAGUACCUCAUGGAUGUCGAUCGUGUGUGCGAUAAAAGAAGUGAGGAGUGUAGAGAAAUUUAUCAUAAGCAGGAUAAUCUGAACAGUCCAAUGAUCAAUCGUGAUAAUAGUAGGGAAGUCAGAGGCGAGAAUAUGUACUCAAACGACUUCAAGCACUCGGGACAAAGUAAACACAGUUAAGUACUAGCUCUAUCACUUUUAUUGCAAUGUAUUGUGAUAUAGCUCUUAGUUCUUAGAUUUUAGACUAUUCAGUUGGAUUGUCCAAUUGUUGAAUAAAACCAGAUAGUAAUGCGAAAGAUGUAUGCAAUACGCUAUUUAUAAAAAGUAAUAUAUAUAUAAUAUAAUAUAUGUAUAAAAAUUAUAAUUUCUAUUUAUCACAAAAUUAUAUAAGUAAUGUAUGUCAAGAAAUCUUAUUUAUUUUCAACAUAAUUUUCUGUAUGUCUCGAUGAUCAAUUUAUGUUUUUUUACACAUCGUUUAUCAAUUAUUAGAAGAAUGGUGGCAGUUUCUUAAUACAGAUUAUUUUUUAACGAUUCAAAAUAUUAUAUCAAAAUAUCGAAAAAAAAUUGUCUAUGUUACGUUAAGUGUGGAAUAAAGAUUGAUCAGAAAUGCGACAUAAAUAUUAGCUUUAGAAUCAUGUGAAACGACUAUGUGUAUACAGAAUUCAUUAUUUUUUUGUCAUCCUUCUGUAAUACAAUCUACCAUAAGAUGUUUUUUUUCGUACUCUGUAUUCGACGAAAAAUGUGAGACACGAGCACGGAUCUGAAGUAUUUAAAAAAAAAAAAACGCGACAAGGCAUGUAAUUUGUUGGUUUUAAUUAUAUUACUGCUCAAGAACACUGUAAAACAAAAAAAAAGAAAGAAACUAAAACACGACGAUAUUCUGUCGAAACGAUCGGACUUUGUAAAUUUUUAAUGAAUUAUUUUUCAUGAACCACAUUCGGUCGCAUUCUUAUAUUAGAUUUGUUCUUUUCCUCUAAAGCUUAGAAAUGUUGGAAAAACAAGGGUAAACCUUCUCGAGCCAAUUCUAGCUGCGCUAGCGUAAUGCAGAGAAAAAGAACAGAUUCUCAAGUACCAUCUCUCUGUGCGCGAAUCUCACUUUCUGCUGCAGCAAAACUUCCAUUUGCAAUUAAUGACAAAACCGUGCGUACUAUUGGAGCGUGAAAAAUUAUUCGAAAUUUUACACAUAAUCAUAGCGUUUAUCACGUUACUCCCGUGGUGUGCGUUUAAGAAAUAUUUUUUCGUCUUGUGUGUAUGUCGGGUAUAGUAACGAUGAUUAUAGAUAGAGCGAGAGCAUAACAAUAUACAUAUAUAGCGAUAACAAAAUUAUUGUACAUACUUAAUAUUGUGUAAAUGUGAAUGUAUCUAUGUAUAUAUCAUUAUAUAUCCUCACAUACGCAUUAAACUAUAAAACAUUACAAAAGUGUACGUUUCAUGUAACGGCAAAAUACGAACACAUGCAAAAUUGAAAUUUU